AUGGCACAACCACCGCUACAGCCGUAUAAACUUCAACCUCCAAAGAAUUUGUCCUCUUUACAUAAAACAAGUGCCGAUCUUGGAUAUCCCGAUUUCUAUCCUCCAAAACCCGGUCAGGAUGAAGACUUGAUGACAGCAGAAAAUGUACAAAAAGGCUUCUCUGGCGCUUUUUUUGUAGAAUCAGAAUCUUUCUCAGUACAGGAUAUGAUGAUUGAUGAGAUAAGAGACCCGAAAGGUCUUGAAAAUCUUGGCGAGUUCAUGACCGACAUAAUGAGACGUAAACAUGAGAUUAACACUUUUGAAGAAUCUUCUCCGUACGAGGUGCCAAAUCUGGUUUGGAUGCACGCUGAUCGUAGAGAUGAAUGGCUGAGGUGGUUGGCCGGCAAUAGUCCGCUUAAAAAAUUAGCGGAGAGUGUUCCAAAAGGUGUUGAUGGUAUAACUCUACUAGAACUUGUUACUCAACAUAGAGUACCUCUAGCACGAGCUACUUGGUUUACCAAGAUAGUAGGGAUUAAUAUAAUGAAUACACCACACAAUUCUACGCAAGAAUACACGAAAACUUGGAGUCAUACAUUUCACAGUUUUAUUCAAAAACAGAGUCGUGAAUAUGAUCCCGAUAAUAUAUUACUGGCAAAAUGGCAAUUUGAUGAUGGGCUGCUUGAUCAACGGAUUCUUCGAUUGACACUUGACAAUUUGGAUCAAGCAGAGCACUUAAAUACAGUUAUUUGGUUGUGGUUUGUUCAGCAAUUCUUGGAUGAAUUUCAACGAUCUCGAACGCUGAUGAGAUUGUUGAUAGAAAUUAUCUUAAAAAAAUUACAAGAUACGCUUUUUUUGGCCACUCCUGACAUGUUCGUAUUUCCUGUUUGUUGGAACACAUACAAAGACCUCUUACGAUGUGUGUUUGUUGAAAACAAUUCAGUAAAAACCGACGUUGUUAUACCAAAGAAUAUGAAACGGCAAAUGGAAAGAUACUAUGAAUUAAUACGUGCUAGAAAUGAAGUAUUUGAUAAAGAAAAACCAGAAAUGAUCGGAAAAAGAAAUGCACAAGAACUGCAACAAUCUCGUAUAAUUCAAAUCCUAGAUAAAGUUGGACUCCACACUGACUACAAUAGUAUUGCAGCCGAAUAUUUCCGCAUAAAUAGUAAAUUUCCAAUGCUUGAAAAAGAAGUAUCGACACAUAUUUACUGGUUGUGUUAUUGGGCUGUGACUAAACAUCGCGCUGGAGAUUAUCGUAUUUACUCUGUAAGCACUAUAAUCGACACAUGGAAAAACGCUGCGACAAAAGUAGAAGAAAAGUCGCAACGUCAGACAACAAUCCAAAACUCUUUAAUGGAGUUUUUAGACAGUUAUCUUCUUGGUUGUAAUGGCAUAUGUGAGAAAGACGAAUGCGAGAUAAUUGCGGGGUUAUUUGGUGAACUUAUCCGCAACGGGCAUUUUUCUCACCAACGUUAUUUGCAACGUUUGAUUGCAAGAGGAGAUGUUUUACCUGAGAGAGUGAUAACUGAGGACACUAGCGAUCAAGAUGAAUAUGAUUCUAUGGUAGAGAAGAUAAAGGCUAAACUACCACACAUGUUUUCGAAAACAGAGAAUGAGCCAGAUGCUCCGACAGUAGAUGAUCCUGUUUCUGACAUGCCUCUGGCACUCAAUUUUGAUAAUGAAACAAUAGAGUUUAUGCGAAAUGUGACGAAAUUUUGUCAGAUAAAAGUAAUACAAACGUGGCUUCUCCCACAAAUUAAAUCAUUUGUCCAAAAUACCCCUAUUGGUCUACAUAAUUGGCGUAGUCCAACUCAGCCUGGGUCUUCAUUACUGAAUGCACGUCAGUUUUCAACAAUAGUGAAAGUCAUUGAACUUGCAAAAGAUUAUAAUUCAUUAUUGGAUCUCCUGCUAUGGGUUCUUGAAAAUUCGAUGGAAAAAUGCCUAUUUCAAUCAAUCAUUGACACAUUAAAACGGCACGAAAUCGUUUGGGAUGCUAUGGGUAAAUCAGAACAAGUUCUUGAUGCUCUUAUGAAAAAGAACGAACAAUUGCGCGAUAAGAGAGAGAUUGAAAUAUGCAUAGUAAAAUAUUUAAUAAAUUUCACGCAUGACUCUCUAAACGAUAAAAAUGAAAAGUUGGAGCAAGACUUACAGUCAUCGACGAAGGCUAUAUCACGUCAUCAUUCCCGUCUUGAUGAUUAUAGUAGCAUGAAACAACUUAUUAGUAGUGUCAAGUCUUUGAAUAUAGAUUUACGUUUAUUUCAGUCAGACGUUGAAGGAUAUUUGUAUAAAAUGUUUGAAUCAUAUAUAAAUAUUAUAAUUCAAUACUGUAAUGAUUAUGCCGAUGAAAAUUACACAGAGGGUAGGAUAGUUCUAAGUAUUUUUGGUGAUCUGUUUAAAGAAAUUGUUGAUGUUGGGACAGAUGGACUUAAUUCUGUUUUCAAAAAGUGGAUAAAAAAUCUCUCUCGUACGGAUGAGGAUAAAAUUUUCGGAAAUGAAAAUAUUCUUUUAUUAUUUUUUUUCUUGACGCUCGUCGCACGACAUUCGGUUUGCAUGGAUAUAAUGGUAAAGCAUCUUUGUGAAAAGAACCUAAUUCGAUUAACGGAGAAAUUGUCGAGUCAAAAGCAAUUGGAUUUAACAGAGACUAUCGAAUGCAAGAAUUUAGCGAAACUAUUGAGAUUAUUAAUUCUACAAGAUGGUGAUAAUCCUUCUAUUAAUUUACCACUAAGCAUGAUGGAAAUCCAAGUGUUAAAGUCUCAUUGUGAAGCGUUAUCUCAUAAUAAAGAUUUUAUUGUGAUAAUAUCUACCAUUUUUCAGAAACUCGCUAUGAUUGAAUGCUUGAUCGAUUCUAAAGACCCAAUUGUAGAUAUUCUAAUGCAAUUAAGGAUCGAUUUCUCUAGGGUUGAGUGGUUCAGACAAUUAUGUAUAAUUAAUGCUGAAAGAGUUUACGACCAUUUUGUUAAAAAAAAUAAGGGAAACAGUAAAGAAGUAGAAAAACGUAUUCUUGAUAUUAUACAAACUGCACUUGGAGACGAUGUUAACAAACUAGAUGUCGCAAAAUCUACCCAAAUGACCUCAGAUUACAUCAGAUAUCUGAAGGUUAUUUUCUCCAAUAUAAGUUUGUGGAAUAUACAAAAAAGUCGUAUAGAAUUUUGGUUGUGUAUGGAUCAAAUUAUGUUAAUUGAUUCUGCUAUCCUUCGUUCACCAUCAACGUCCACAAUUAAAGCCGAAGAUGACAUAACAGGUGAAUUAGCAAAAAAAGAGAGUUUAAAAAACGUCGUUAUAGAUUGGUUCUGGGAAGAAAUUAUAUUAAAAGGUGAUGUAGAUUGUGACUUUUUGAGUAACAUGAUUCGAGGGAUAAGAGAGGAUGUUAGUCUAGAGUUAUUUGAAAAAGGACUUCAGAUAUUAAGUAGAUGUACGGAAUUAAUUUCCGGUAUUGAAGAAAUAUUUAGAUCAUUAUUGUUUCCACUCAAUGUCUAUAAGAAGAUAAACUUUUGUGAUGCUUUGCUAAAUCAAAUAAACAAAAUCCGUGAAUUUCCAUAUGACCUUAAUUCAAUGCGAACCCAGUUUGAAAAUCAAGAUAAUGUUUAUGUGUCUAGCAUAAUUUCUCGAGUCAAAUUAUUGGUGCUUGGGGCGCAUGUAUUGACUAGUCGUGUAACAGAAGUGGUUACUGAAACUAAGCGGGACAGCGCUCGUAGAAUUAUGGAAUAUAUUCUAAUAGAGGGUCUGUUUGUGACAUUGGUGAAUUUAUUAUGUGAUCAACGUAUCCAUUUUAAUGGAGGCGGUUGCACGCACUUUGAUUUAAUUUUGGAUCUUGUGUCGUUCUUACUAGAUGAAAUGGGAAAAAAUGCACGUGCUAUUAUUGUUGCAGAAUUAAAGCGCUACAAAUUUGACAAUAUUCCAGCAAUAUGGGGUAAUAGAAUAAAACGUGUACUUCCUUUUAUUUUUGUUCAAGAAACCAUAGGAGAAGGAGAAAAAAGUCACACAAUAGAUCCUUGGAAAAUGAUUGAGGGAUUGGGUGAAAAUGAUGAUCUCACUAGUUCACCUAUUGAUUUAUCAUGGUAUAAUUCGAAAGUUUAUCCACGGCCUAAUAAAAGAUUGAAAAGAGUUGAUGUGAAUAUAGUGCAACAAUUUAAUUAA